AUGGCUACUGACGACAUACCGAAAACAGCUAUCAUAACUCCUUUCGGACUCUAUGAAUUUUUGCGAAUGCCUUUCGGUCUAAGGAAUGCUGCUCAAACAUUCCAAAGAUUCAUAGACGACGUUUUUCGAGGUCUCAACUUCGUACACGCGUAUGUUGACGACUGUCUAAUCGCAAGUCCGGACAGAGAAACACAUCUCAAGCAUCUGGAUCUUGUUUUCGAACGACUACAAAAACAUGGCAUAACUGUAAACGUUCAGAAAUGCCAAUUCGGAACCGACUCGUUAGACUUCCUAGGACACACUAUCGAUGCUCAAGGCAUUCGACCUCUUAGGACCAAAGUGGCGGCCAUUCUGGAUUACCCAGAACCGACCACCGUCAAGCAAUUACGCACGUUUAACGGCCUCGUAAGUUUCUAUAGACGUUUCAUACCGAAAUGCGCAUUACUUAUGAAACCUCUGACCGACCAACUUCGUGGAAAUGCGAAAUCCAUUAAUUUGGACGACACCGCACGAAAAGCAUUCUCCACAGUUAAGGAACUGAUUGCUAAAGCAACAAUGCUCGCACAUCAGGACACCCGAGCACCCAUUAGCAUCGCAGUAGACGCAUCCGACUCGGCAAUCGGAGGAGUCUUACAAUAA